UCCAAAUCUCUCCUGCUUUGCUAAAGCUGAAAGCUCAGAGCAAAGUAAACCACCAUGAGGCUGCCUGUGUGUCUCCUGCUGGUCACUCUGGCUCUUUGCUGCUUCGAGGCCAAUGCCGUGCUGUGUCCAUCUCUUGCCACUGCGUUGGCAGGCUACUUAUAUGCUCCUGAGUUUGUACUCAGGAUACAACUUGCUAAAUUUCAUAUACCUCGUGGACCUCUUGCAGCUCAAAGGGAAAUAAAGAAAUGCACAGAUAAGAUCUCCCUCGGGGACAGAGCCCUUCUUGGAAAAGCACUGGCUGAAGUAUUCCUUAAGUGUGGUGCCAAAGAUGCAGAUGAUGUUAUAAGCAGUGCUAUCUCUCGAUUUCUGUGAUGCCCUUUAUCCCUGGAAAAAUGUGAAGGUUUCAAUUUCUUGCUUCAAUAAAUUUCCUGUCCUGCA